CUCGUUGAUAUCUGGGACUCCCACGCUCCUUUGCGCUCGACGCGAUUAUUCAAUCUCUUACACUCUGUGACGCAGCGAGGUAGGGGCUGAACGGCGACGGCUCGGCGAUACUACUACAUUGUUGGUGCACGGCUGGACUAGCUGAGCUGUGUUUACAUCCUCAACUUCCCAUCCCUCAGACGCUUCUCCUUCGAUCGCGAGCGAUAGACGGGUGUCCGCAGCGGGCGGCAGCGAGCAACGAUGCGGAUACCCACGAGCUAUGUGCAGAAAUGCAAGACGGUGGCCCAUGUCUUCCAGAUCCUGCUGAUCUUCAUUGCGGGCUGUAUAACGAUCGCAGUGUUGACGAAAGGCGGGGAGACAGGAGGAGCGACUAAGUAUUAUCUUGCUUUGUGCUUCCUCACGGCCCCCGCGAUUAUAUACCUCGUCAUGGUGCCCAUGUGGAGCCGGGCCCGCAAGUUCUCCAACGCCUAUGCCUUCAUGGCGCUCGACGCGCUCUAUACAAUUCUGUGGUUCGUGGCCUUCAUCGCCGUGGCAGUGUGGAACUCGAAUGGCAUAAAACAAGGCGCAAAGGAGGCCAAAGUCAGCGACGACGACCGCAAUUGCACCACUUUCAAGUUCGGAAGCGAAUCUAAGUGCAAGCUCAGCCGUGUGACGGUGGGCUUUGGCGUGGUGAUAUUUAUCUUCUUCGCCGUGACUGCCGGCAUAUCGGCCUACUACCUUGUUAAAUUCCGCAAAGAAGGCGUGCUCCCCUACGAAUCAAAAGCCGCCAAUCCACACCACGCCUUCGGCGAAACCGGCAAAGACAACGCCUGGUCCACCGAGAUCGACCACCCAGGCGACGAUGACGAUGACGACCGGCACACCGAGCGCGGCGGCAACCAAGAGGAGGAUGAAUACGCGCUACUACAUUCUACGGAAACGGAUGAGGGACGGCAUCCCGGACGUCCGUUGAGCUGGGGAGACGAUAGGAGGAGCUAUGGCGGGGCACCAGUGCCGCCGUAUGCGCAGUACGAUGAUAAUCCGAAUGCGUUGAGCCCCGGCGGGUAUGAGGAGUAUAGGAGGGAGGCUGGAAGCGGGAAGGACACCGGGUAUGGAGGGCACGGCGGGCAUGGGUAUAGUUUUAGCGGUGGAGAUCGGUGAGGGCGUUGUUAGAGAAAGAGGCUGGCGAGAGGGCGUAGAUGGAGUGAUACCUUUUCGUAAAG